GUGAUGGUUUCUUCUACAGUCAGCCUACCUAUCUCUUUCUCUUACCUUUCACCCUCUCUCUUCCUAAGACCAAAUAAUAAGCGAGGGAAGGGACACACAAGUGACUUUUCUUAAUGUAUUCCACCUGUUCCUCAUCUCAGCUGUGUUAGCGAGUUAGUCCCAAGCAGGUUUCCAUCCAGAGCUGACAUGGAGUAUCCAGGGAGAAGACUGCUUUCAGCGUUCCUGCUUUUUCUGCCUCUUCUGUAUGUCAGAUGUCUCUCCAAUCAAAAAACUACAGUCUCCUGGUGUGUGCUGUCUGAUGCUGAGGAGCAGAAGUGUCUGGAUUUGGCCGGAAACGCUACAGCCCGAAAUGUAAAAGGAACACUGCAGUGUGUCCGUGGCUUAAACACCAGGGACUGUAUGGAAAAAAUCAAGAAUGGAACUGCAGAUGCAGCCUCCAUGUUUGGAGAUGACAUCUAUGCUGCUGGUUUCUGCCAUGGCCUGGAGCUUGCUGCAGGAGAGUCCUACAAUGGUGUAGAUGGUAUCAGCUACUAUGUGGUGGCAAUGGCGCGCCGCUCCUCCUCAGACCUGUCCCUGCUCGAGAUGCAUGAGCGCAGCUCUUGUCACCCCGGCAUUCGAACCACAGUGGGGUGGACUGUUCCCAUUGGCUAUUUGGUCAACACAUCCCAAAUCAGUGUAGGAGAGCAGUGCAACUUCCCGAGAGUGGUGGGGAACUUCUUCGGCUAUAGCUGCGUGCCAGGCAUUAAGGAUCCCCAGCACGAUCCCAGAGGCAACAAUCCAAAGAACCUCUGCGAGGCCUGUAUAGGAGACGAGAACGACAGAUACAUCUGUGCCAACAACCACAGAGAGCGGCAUUACGGAGAAUCGGGAGCUCUGAGGUGCGUGGCUGAGAACCUCGGCGACGUGGCUUUUGUCAAACACACAACAGUCUUUGACAAUUUGGAUGGUAAGAACCAAGAGUCCUGGGCCCUGGAUCUGGAGGUGGAGGACCUGAAGCUGCUGUGUCCUGAUGGAACGGAUGCCGGUCUGGAGGAGUAUGAACGAUGCCACAUUGCCGCAGUCCCUGCCAACGCUGUGGUGGUGCGUAUGGAGGACAAGUGCCGUGUCUGGAAGUACCUGGAACGCUUACAGAAUGUGUUUGGCAAUGCCACGGAGGGCUUCAGCCUGUUCAGCUCAGCAGGCUAUGGCCAAUCCGAUCUGCUGUUCAGUGAUGCCACCCACCACCUGCAGAGAGUUCUGGGUAGCUACUCCUCUUGGCUGGGCCCCACUUAUACCACUGUGCUGCAAGCCUUCGAGUGUGAGGGCUUCUGCUGAUGGAAGAGGAGGAAGACAUCCAGCACAUCAUCUUCCACCCCAUCCCGCUUUCUCCAUCCUCCCUCCCUGCCAUCUGUGUCCCCCGUCUCAUCAUAUUUUCUUCUUUUAGCUUUGCUUUAUUAAUGUUUUUUCCCCCCUGCAUUUCACCACCCAAUCUUUAAUAUUAUAUCCUUGCCCUCCUCCAAACUUUUAUGACUUUUGAUAUGCUUGCUGGCAGGUUAUGACAAGGUUAAAGAGUGGCUAGCUGGCUGUAACUAAAAUUGAACAUGUUUUUUAAAGGGCGCUGGGGGGGAAAGUGUAGAAAAGAAAGGGAUAGGACAAAAAAGUUAAUGAUUGUUGUGGUUUUUCUUUUGUGUUUGAUUAACACAUACCAAAAAAAAUCUCUUAACAUUUGCUGCCCUGUAUAUUUGUUGGGAAACUGCAGCCUUCUUGGCUUGUUUCAUUAGACUAAGCUUCGGUACCACCCUUCCACCUCACUCCCACAGGGUCUGUCUCUGGCACUGAACAACUGGGUGCUAUUAACUUUUUGCUUAGAAGUCUCAGUUACUGUAUGUGUGUGUGUGUGUGUGUGUGUGUGUGUGUGUGUGUGUG